AUGUUCACCUACAGGUGGCUCCAGACAUGCUGUAUUCGCCAAAUGCUCGAGAUGCUCGUCUUGGCAUUCGCCAAAAAGCGUUCCUAUUUACCCACAUAUGCGGCGUUCCACAUCGUAGUAGACGUGUCGAAAAAUGAUUCCAGAGGGAAAUUUGCUGCUGUCAGGAGGCUUGUGCACAAAGUGACCGGCAUUGCUUAUGCCGGAAAGUUUAUUCGGAAGAGAAGGCGGUCAAUGGACCAAAGGCAAGAGAUAUUGCAUGAAGUCGCCGUCCUCAUGAUGUCCGACAAAGCUGGUAAAAUCGUCAAACUGCUCGAAGUUUACGAAACACCCACUGAGAUGGCUCUCGUCCUUGAGUUAGCUGCCGGAGGCGAACUCCAGAGGGUCGUCGAUCUCCAAGAUGGACUUGAAGAAGUCGAAGCAAUUACAUUCAUGAAACAAGUCCUCGAAGCACUUGUCUUCCUCCAUAACAGAAACAUUGCACAUUUAGAUCUCAAGCCCCAGAACAUGCUUCUCACAAGAGACUACCCAGACACGGACAUAGUACUGUGUGACUUUGGUAUCUCCAGGGUAAUUCAAGAUGGUGUGGAGGUGAGGGAGAUUCUCGGUACGCCAGAUUAUGUCGCACCUGAAGUGUUGAGCUAUGAGCCGAUUUCACUUUCGACGGACAUGUGGUCUGUAGGUGUCCUUGCUUAUGUCCUUCUCAGUGGGUAUUCACCAUUCGCGGGUGACACAAAACAGCAGACGUUCUGCAAUAUUUCCCAGUGUGCUCUCACCUUCCCUCCUGAGCUGUUUGAGGGUGUGUCCCCUGCAGCGAUCCACUUCAUUCAAUCGACACUCGUGGUUGAUCCGAGUUGCAGGCUAAGUGCUGAGGAAUGCCUAUCGCAUCCUUGGCUCUCUGGAGUCGCUUUGUCGACAAGAGAGCCGAUCCCCUACUUGUGUCUUGCCUGUGCCAAGUGCGGUACAUCGGGCUCAUGCCACCAUGAUAUCUCAAGUUCGCCCGUUGUAGAAAUCACCCACGACCGAGGCAUUAUCUGUUGAAACGGGAUUUCUGUUUCGUCUGAGAGUAAUCAAGAUGGUCGACAAUCUAUUAUUGAGUAUCAACGUGUUUACUAGUAGAGAGACCCAGAGUGUAGAAAAUUCAGUGGUUUUUAUUUUAUCAGGGCGCCUACACCUCACAAUAACUAAGUUGUAUAUUACUAUAUUAAAGUUGUAUUUAAUGAAGACGUUUUCACUUGAUGUCUGUGUUAUUUUAGUGCACAUUUUCAAAUUUAAUCUGUCACUCUGUCGGUGCUGGUAACGUAGCCAAAGUAUUCUUCUUUAUCACCAUCAGUUUUUUUAAAGAUCUAGUGAACAUAACUUUUUACUUAUUUGUAUUUUAUGUUUAUAAUAUUGUAUUAUUACAUUUAUGUUUAUUCAAAUAGUAUUUGUAUAUAUUUUUAUUAAUAUUUUAAUCGGUGGUUUUUUGUUUUUGUUUUUAUUGGUGCACAGGAUCUUUCAUUGUGACGUUUUAUACUUUUGCUCUUAAGGUGCACUUUACAUUUAAAUUAUUCUGAAAAUGAAAAAGCAGCAAUAUUUUAAAAGAUCUUUUUCGAUUAACCAAGGGAGAAGAAAAAAGCUGUAAAAUUAACUUUCCUUUUCUAGCCUAGUUUCUUUAGAAACUGCCAGCCGAGUUAACGGUCAGGGGCCAACUAAGACUUUUUGUGCCUUAGUAUUCUAAUCGAACUUUUAUCAAAUGUAUAGUUUUAUUUUAUCUACUUAUUGUAGAUUGUUAACUACAAUUAUUGUGCAUAAUAAAAUUUAUUGUUUGAAACAAAAA